GUUAUUGCUUUCUAGUUUUAGUCAUAGUUUAAAACCCAUCUAAAUCAUUGGUUGCACUUAGAUUAAGUGAGUACUUGCAUUCUCAGUGCUUUGAUAUCCCUCAGAACUGGUUCGACAAUCUUUUAUACUACAACAUUUGUCUUAGGAGCCUUGAAAACUCCUAAUAUCAAUUUCCGAUUCCUCCUCAGGAAGAUGAAAAAUAAUUUGAAGAAAAAGGAAAACUUUUGUCUAUUGCCAAAGAUUGUGAAGUAGAAGUAUCUAUUCAAGAAGAUGGGUUCAGAGGUUCUUAGUAUAGAGCUAUCCUCGAGCAAAAUCCGACGAGAGUAACAGGAAAAAAGCUUCGGGUUAGUUACAAAACUAUGUUCAACGAAGAUGGUGUAAGUCCUUUGAAGGAAACUAUUGAAAGAAGUUUUAUUCGGCCAGUCCCGCCAGAGUGUCUGAAUGAGGGUGUCGUAUUCAAGGAAGGGUCGGUGGUGGAUGCUUAUUUUAAUAAUGGUUGGUGGACUGGUGUUAUCGUAGUUGAAAGGCCAGAUGGUAGUUUUUUGGUUUACUUUGAUGAUCCACCAGACAUAAUGAGAUUCAUCAGAAGCCAACUGAGACCUCAUGCUGAUUGGAUCGGCUCCAAAUGGGUCAAAAGCAAAAACAAGGUAUUGAGUCAACACAUGUUUACGAGAGGGAAGUUGGUGGAAAUGACCCGUGAAAUUAGUGAAAGUGAAAAGGAAAAAAUUUGGGUCCGAGCAUUGGUAAUUACAGAAGUUCGGAAACAAGGAGAUGAUAGAAGAAAAUUUCUGAUCAAAAGAUGUACAAUCUCACAAAAUUCGAGUGAUGAAGCGGAAGGAAAACAUUUAAUAGUUGAUAUUUGCAAAAUAAGGCCAUCUCCUCCUCGAGAUCUUUGUGCAGAGUACAGUCUGAACGACUAUGUUGAAGUGGUUGUUAUCCAUGGGUGGCGCAAAGGUCGAGUGACGGAAAUUCUCCUUGAAAACAAAUACAAAGUGUAUUUCGCUGCCACAAAAGAGGAUGCGGUUUUUAAUUAUACUGAGAUUAGGCUGUCAAUGGAGUGGCUAGGUGGUGGUAGUUGGAUUCGCGCACAUGAGAGAGAAUUUGAAAAUAAUGCUGGCACACCAAUCAGACCCGGUCAAGAGAGUCCUAGUAACACACUUGCCACCGAUGAAGAUGAUACGUUGAAUGAUGAUGCCACCAAAAUCAGAUCCGAUCAAGAGAGCCCUAGUAUCACACUUGUUUUAGAAUCCAAUGAAGAGGAUAAGGUGAAUGAUGAUGCCACAGAAAUCACAUCCUCUCUCGAGAGACACAGAAACACUUCUGUUUUAGAAGCCACUGAGGCUGAAACACAAAACCAUGAAACCAUAUAUGGAAAGGAGUUACCAUUACCUCAUGAAUCAGAAGAUAUGAUGGAUGAUGUAGUCACUCCAAUCAUAGACCCUCAAGAGAUACCACGAGGUGAAACGAUGAGUGAGUCUAAUGACAAGAUUGCUUUGCCAAAAAGAAUCUCCGAAACUGGUACAAAAGGAGUCGUAUUGCAAAGAAUUAACAAGCGCUCCAAUCUGAAGUUGGUUGGUAAAGUUGAAACCCUUUUGGGCAAAGAAUUCAAGAAGCUUGAAGAUUCAUUCUUGGCUCCGGUAAUUAAGAUGGGAAGGAAGCAGAAGCUUAUGGUGUUUUCAAGGCAUUUGAUUCAUCACUUACUCUUAAGGAGAAUUGAUAUAGGCGAGAAGGGUUUGUGGUUUACUUUUGGAGAACAACUAAUGAGGUUUUCUCUAAGAGAAUUCCACUUGACAACGGGUCUGCCUUGUGUUGUUGAUAAAGAUGAAGAUGAAGCCGAGACUUCAGCAACAAAAAAGAAGAAGAAAGAUCCAUGGAUGAACAAGAAUCAAACUCUAAACACCUUGCUUAAGCUUCUUGUCGAAAAGAGUAAAGAGCUUACUGCUGAUCAGAGAUUAAGAUUGGGAGCUACAAUCCUUGUGGAAGGGAUAUUGAUGGCAAGCAAUCCGGUGACAAGUAUUCCAGAAGAGCGUCUGCUUAGAGCUAGAAAUUUCAAAGAGUUUUGCAAGUAUCCCUGGGGGAAUUUGGCCUUUGAUUAUUUACUGAAAGAAGUGAAGAGCUUUACCUAUGCAAAGCUGACGGAGAAUAAUCAAUACGCGAUUUGUGGCUUUAUAUAUGCGCUUCAGCUCUGGGCGUUAUCUUCUGUGAAUCAACUAGGCACAUUCUUUGGUAUUAGCGAUGAUGGAAUUCAGUUUCCCUUGUGCUUGCAUUGGAAAGAAACCAAAGCGCUUACUAUUGAGGAGGUUAACAGAUUCGACCAAAUGGAGAAGGUAACCGUUUAUAAUGUUUUAUAAAACUGUUUUAGUCUUUGCAUUCUUCUUUUACCGAUUGUUUGAUCAUAUGCAAACACUUGUCAGGUUGAUGUCAAAUGUAUCCUUGGAGAUCCCGGAUUGCAUAGCGACUUGGUUGAAGAUGUUGACUGUGAAUUUGGAAGAGUUGUUGAUCUUGUCAAAAGAGGAUAUCGUUUGAAGAGACAAGAUUGGCUCAAUAGAAGUGUCGACAUUGCCGUUGCUGAAGCUGAAGUGGACGAAAAUAAUUCUGUUCCUGGGAUUGAUGCAACUGAUCAAGAAAAGAUUGAAUUCCUCAAUAAUAAGGUAGUGU